AACAAAAUGAAGAGAACAUAAUUUGUCGUGUGGCUGGAUGGAGAAAAGAAAAGUUUAUUUUUUUAGUGAAGUGUAGCUUAAAAUUUAAAUUUUUUACAAUUACCAGCUUCGUUUACAGUAUUUAUUGCGUUUCGUACGCAAGACGCUUCGAUACAACAUUAUUUGGGUAAUAAAACUACGUGUUCAACAAGUAGUAGUGGAAUUUGGUAAAAAAGCGGCCUAAAAGGGGUAGCCAACAGCUAUGGCUGGUCAGAAAUUUCAAUAUGAUGAGAGUGGCGGAACAUUCUAUUAUUUCCUAUUAUCGUUCCUGGCACUCGUCCUAAUACCAACAACCAUUUACUAUUGGCCACGAAAAAAGAAAGAAGAUCCCGAAAAGAUCAGAGAAGAAUGCCAGUGCCCGGAUUGCUUAAAAAAGAAAGCCAUUCUGGCAGCUGCCGAACCUUAUCGAGCCCUAAAGAAUCUGGCAAUAAGACUGGCACUUGUAUUGGGCUGGGCGCUCUUGAUAUUCCUGGCAUAUCGUGUUUCCCAAUUCGACUACGAAAUGGCUAGUUUUGAUCCAUUCGAAAUCUUGAAGGUAGAACCGACGGCUUCCAAGGCUGAAAUCAAGAAAGCCUACCAUAAAUUGUCACUUGUCCUGCAUCCGGAUAAGGAGACUGGUGAUGAAAAGGCCUUUAUGAUGCUGUCCAAAGCCUACCAGGCAUUGACGGACGAAGUUGCCAAAGGCAAUUAUGAAAAAUAUGGUAAUCCCGAUGGUCCAGGUGCUAUGUCAUUUGGCAUUGCCCUACCCUCAUGGAUAGUUGAAAAGGAAAAUUCCGUUUGGGUUUUGGGUCUCUAUGGUCUCAUAUUUAUGGUUGCCUUACCCUCCGUUGUGGGUAUGUGGUGGUACCGUUCAAUUCGUUAUUCUGGGGACAAAGUUUUGUUGGAUACAACGCAAAUGUAUUUCUAUUUCAUCCAUAAAACCCCGCACAUGUUGCUAAAGCGUGCUUUGAUGGUAUUGGCAGCCAGUUUGGAGUUUGAUAAACGCCACAAUUCCCAAGUGGUUGAACGUCAAUCGGACAAUGAAGAAGUUCCUGCACUGAUCCGUCAACUACCGAAUUUGAAUGAGAAAUGCAAAGAACACCCAUUGUGUCGCAUGUAUUCCAUAAAAGCCCGAGCAAUUUUACAUGCCCAUCUAUCGCGAUUACCGCUUAAUCCCGAAACCCUUGAAAAAGAUCGCCAAUUCAUUGUUAAGAAAUGUCCAUAUCUAGUGCAAGAAAUGGUAUCAUGUGUCCAUCAAUUAGUAAUGUUGGCUUACGCUAGACGCGUACCACGUUUACCCAGCAUUGAGACCAUUGAGAAUUGUAUGAAAAUGUCACCAAUGAUUAUUCAAGCACUGUGGGAGUUUAAAUCACCUCUACUUCAAUUGCCACAUGUCACCGAUGACCAUUUGUAUUUUAUGAACAAGAAACGACACAUUAAAAAUCUUCAACAAUUCGCCCAAUUGGCACCGGAGGAAAGUCGUCAGCUAUUGAAGAGCUUGAGUGAUUUUGAAUACGAGAAUGUAAUGAAAGUUUUGGGAAAAAUGCCACUAAUUGACUUUUCAAUACGCUGCGAAGUUAUCGAUGAUGAAAACACAAAUGUGGUCACAGCUGGUGCUAUCGUUACGGUUACGGUCACUCUGAUACGCAAGGAUAUGAAGACAUUAUUUGGUGACUCAAAGGUGCCACAAAAGCAGGGCAUUAAGGAUGAUGAACAGGAACAAGCUGCUGGUGAUGAGGACGGUGAAGCUGUCAAUGCAGCUCCCGUUAAAAAAGCCUCCGCAUGGGCUAAACCACGUAAAGGCAAGGGAGGAAAGGGAGGCAAAAAGCCUGCUGCCAAUCAGAAAAAGAAACAACCACCACCAACUAAAGCUGCUGCGGCUGCAGCCGCUGCUGAAACGCAACAACAAAAUGAUUCAGAGGCUGAUUCAGAUGCCGACGCCAGUGAUGUCGAGGAGAAAGAAUCAAUUUCGGACAGUGAUGAAGAGAAUGAGAAACAAACCAAGAACAAUUCAUCUUUGGAUGAUGACGAUGACGAAGAAUGGGAAAGAUUACAAGCCAAAUUGAAUAAACGCGAAAAACUCGAAGGCAAAUCACGCAUAUCGCACACAGUACACUGUCCCUAUUUCCCCGAAGAGAAACAGGAAUACUGGUGGACAUAUAUCUGUGAUCGUAAAUCACGCACUCUACUGACAGCACCUUAUCAUGUCACAAAUUUGGUCGAAAGGGAGGAAAUUCAAUUGAAAUUUACAGCACCACGUUGGCCCGGUGUUUACACGUUUACCGUGUGUCUGCGAUCAGAUUCAUAUCUUGGCAUGGAUCAGCAACAAGAGCUUAAAUUGGAUGUUAAAAAGGCGCCAGCACCACCCACAGAUCAUCCCCAAUGGGAUCUCAGUGAAUCGGAACAUGAAAAUAAUGAUCAACCAGAAAACUAUGACGACUAUACGACUGAUACUUCAGACGAAGAAGAUUCCGAGUAAAAUCCAUUUGUUUUGGACAAAAACCCACCACCACCAACAAAAACA